AUGCCGGGAUACAUCUCCGUGUUGACACAAAAUGGUCGAGUAUAUUUUGUGACCUGGGAGUUUAGCAGGCCUAAAAACCGAACUUGUAUCGUAUUAUUAGUCACGCAGAACAUCCAUUGGAAUAGUACAUAGUAAGUGCCGAAUAUAGUGUUCUAGGAAGGACACGUGAGAACAAGACUGACGACGGAAAGCUGAUUUGGCCACAGACAGAAAGUCCGCCCCUGAAUGACUCGGCUACCGCUCACAGAGUCCAGUUACCUACAUCACAGAGCACACUAAACCAAGCCGAAUGUAAGUGUCAGGAAGAGAGCGGCUGCAAAGCAUCUAAUUGAGCGCUACUUUUGCCAGUUAACAGAGGGCUGUGGAAAUGGGUCCUGCACGAAUGAGUUGUGUGCUUCGUGUCUUGGUUUUCAACCGCUGGAUCACAACGCAGCGGCCAUCAGAGCCCUGGAGCUCUAUAAAAUGAACGCCAAACUGUGUGGUCGUCACUCUGCUGCCUUCCCUGACAACAGCAGUGCCAAAGAAACCCACCCUACCUUAUUGGGCGACCGUCACAGGAAGAUGCCAGACCACGAAGACAACCUGUUUCCUCCUAGGGAAGACUUCAGAGAGGUGCAUUACCUGACCGAGGAGAAGGUGUAUGAGAUCCUGAGUAUCUGUGAGGGGAAGAAGGACUACUCUCCUCUGAUCCGAGUCAUCGGGAGGAUCUUCUCCAGCGCUGACGGGCUGGUGCAGAGCUUCAGGAAAGACGAGGAGCAACACCCCAACACCAAGGAGCAGCGUAAGACCCACCAGGCCAAAGAUGAGGACAAGGACGAGGACGACAAGGAGAGAACCACCGCCAUGGAGCAGGAAUCAGAGGCCUCGUCGUCCAUGGAGGGAGCGACGGGAUCGACGGAGAACAGACUGGGUCCUGUGGAGGUCUCAGUGGACGUAGAAGCUGUGAGGAGAGUGUACAACAGACUCCUCUCCAACGAGAAGAUGGAAUCGGCCUUCCUCAACGCCCUGGUCUACCUAACUCCCAACGUAGAGCUGGAUCUAACCUAUCUGGACGUGUACGACACCAACCCAGACUACCUGAACAUCUUCAUCAUCGUGAUGGAGAACAGCAGCCUCCACAGCCCAGAGUACCUGGAGAUGGCCAUGCCUCUGUUCUGUAAGUGUAUGAGUAAACUCCCUCUGCCUGCCCUGGCCAAGCUGACGCGCCUGUGGUCUCAGUACAGUGUAGAGCACAUCAGACGUAUGAUGGAGACCUUUCAGCAGCUCAUCACCUACACGGUAAUCAGCAACGAGUACGACAGCGACAGUCUGGUCAACGAUGAUGAGUGUGUGGUGGCUGCAGCCAAGUGUCUGAAGCUGGUGUUCUACGCCAACGUCCUGGGAGGAGACCUGGAUACGGGUCACAAUGAGGAGGAGGAGCCUGCAUCAGAGUCCAGCGAGCUCACCCUGCAGGAGCUCCUGGGGGAGGAGAGGAGUAACAAGAAGGGGCCCCGGGUCGACCCUUUGGAGAAGGAGCUGGGCGUCAGGACCCUGGACUGCAGACGACCCCUCAUCUCCUUCGAGGAGUUUGUCAACGAGCCUCUGAACGAUGUUCUAGAGAUGGACAAGGACUUCACCUUCUUCAAGGUGGACUCGGAGAGUAAGUUCUCCUUCCAGAGCUGUCCCUUCAUCCUCAACGCCUGCACCAAGAGCCUGGGACUGUACUACGACAACCGCAUCAGCAUGUACAGCGAGAGGAGGAUCACAGCGCUCUACAGUCUGGUACAAGGACAGCAGCUCAACCCAUACCUCAGGCUCAAAGUACGACGAGACCACAUCAUCGACGACGCCCUCGUCAGGUUGGAGAUGAUCGCCAUGGAGAACCCAGCGGACCUUAGGAAGCAGCUGUUUGUAGAGUUUGAAGGAGAGCAGGGCGUCGACGAGGGAGGAGUCUCUAAGGAGUUUUUCCAGCUCGUCCUCGAGGAGAUGUUCAAUCCUGAUAUUGGCAUGUUUACGUACGACGAGUCCACCAAGCUGUUCUGGUACAACCCGUCCUCUCUGGAGAACGAGGCCCAGUUCACCCUGAUAGGUAUCGUCUUGGGCCUGGCCAUCUACAACAACUGUAUCCUGGAUGUUCACUUCCCCAUGGUGGUCUACAGGAAACUAAUGGGGAAGAAAGGCACCUAUCUGGACCUGACAGACUCACACCCGGUUCUGUACCAGAGUCUGAGGGAGCUGCUGGACUACGAGGGGGAUGUGGAGGAGGACAUGAUGAUCACCUUCCAGAUCUCACAGACUGACCUGUUUGGAGACCCCAUGACUUAUGACCUGAAGGAAAACGGGGACAAGAUACCUGUUAAUGCGGACAAUAGAAAAGAAUUUGUGUCUCUGUAUAGUGAUUACAUACUUAAUAAGAGUGUGGAGCGCCAGUUCAAAGCCUUCAGAAGGGGCUUCCAGAUGGUCACCAAUGAGUCGCCUCUCAAGUGUUUAUUUAGACCUGAGGAAGUGGAGCUACUGAUCUGUGGAAGCAGGAAUUUAGACUUUCAAGCGCUUGAAGAAACGACAGAGUAUGACGGAGGCUACAGCAAGGAUUGUCGCAUUAUUAAAGACUUCUGGGAGACGGUGCAUUCGUUUGGUGAGGAGGAUAAGAGACUGUUCCUCCAGUUUACUACGGGGACUGACAGAGCACCCGUAGGAGGCCUGGGCAAGUUAAAGAUGAUCAUCGCCAAGAACGGCCCCGACACAGACAGGUUACCUACUUCUCACACGUGUUUUAAUGCCUUGCUGCUCCCUGAAUACGACACAAAGGAGAAACUGAAGGAGAGACUUCUCAAAGCCAUCACUUAUGCCAAAGGAUUUGGAAUGCUGUGAAACAAGCAAAAAUGACAACUCUGCAAAAACGAAACUUCCUGGCUUCAGUUCAAUGGUUUUAUGUUUUGUAAUGGAGAAGGAAGGAAUUAUACAAUGAUGCAACAGUUGAAAUUAAUGUGGCAUUACGACAAGGAAGUGCUCCAGAGACCGUGUGCCUGGACAGCAAAUAGACUCAACUAGCAGACAUUCGAUCUAGCCCCCCCCCCUCAGAUCCAUUUAAUAUACGUAGAACCUCUCCUUACGUUCUAGGUUAUUCAAGCUGUUGAAAUCAGUUAUAAUUCUUACUGGAGCUCGCUUGGUUUAUUUGAUGUGUAAAAAAAAAUUAAGAAGAAGAAGAAGAAGAAGCAGGUUAUCAUUGAUUGUUGUGAAAGUGCACUUAACUAGACCUUCUGAAUGUUAGUGAAUGGUAUAUACAUUACUGUAUACUGCCGUCUUAGGACAUUAUGUUAGUUUAUGAUAUUCUUUAAUGCCAGCAGUGUUGUCGGUAACACUUCCUAAUAUAAUACCCUCUUCAUAAUGCAUUGAAAAGUACAUUUAUGAGCUAUGCAUAAUGCAUUAUAAUGCCUUCCAGGUGUUUUAUAGCUGCUCAUAGACCUCUAUAAUGCUUUGUUUCAAGUUUUAUUGUCACGUGCACAAGUACUGUGAAAUACUUUUUCACUGUACUUGAAGGGGGGUGUUCAUAUGUCAUAUGACGUGUUAGCGUGGUGUCGCGUAAGGCACAGGACUAUUCUAACCAGUACACCAACACAGUGUUCCCUGCUCUGCUGUAAGCUAUGCGAGUGGCACCCUAUUCCCAACACAGUGCACUACUUUUCACCAGGGCCCCUACAUAGGGAAUAGGGUGCCAUUUUGGGGCGCAACCCUUAUGUAUGAUGACGUUGCAUCGUCGUCUGUACCUGCUGCCUCUUUGGCAAAUCUCCCUGCUACUUUUGGCCGUGGUCCUGCACUCUUUCUAAUGUGUUGAAUAGCUUGCUGUUCAAUACCUAUAUGUUUUUUGCAAUGUUCAUUUUGUACGCCAGACAGAACAGAGCAGAACUCUCUUAGCCCUGACGGAGUGCUUUCAGUUUUUUGUAUUUUAUUUUAAUGCAUGGUUACAGACACAAAGUAAGUAAUUAGCUUUACAAAAGCUCCAGUGAAUUGUCAGGUCAUGUUAGUUCUUUGGUAGCUGUACUCUCACUUACAGUUGCACAAACAUUUGGGGGGGGGGGGAAAUGCUUUACACAAAAUCCCUUGGUUUUACAGAAAUCCCUUGGUUUUACAGAAAUCCCUUGGUUUUACAGAAAUCCCUUGGUUUUACAGAAAGCCCUCGGUUUUACAGAAAGCCCUCGGUUUUACAGAAAUCCCUUGGUUUUCCAGAAAGCCCUUGGUUUUCCAGAAAGCCCUUGGUUUUCCAGAAAGCCCUUGGUUUUACAGAAAGCCCUUGGUUUUACAGAAAGCCCUCGGUUUUACAGAAAGCCCUCGGUUUUACAGAAAGCCCUCGGUUUUACAGAAAGCCCUCGGUUUUACAAAAAGCCCUCGGUUUUACAGAAAUCCCGGUUGGAAGAGUCCUAGAAUCUGGAGGGAAUAAAGAGGAAAUCCAGAAUCUUCCAACCAGGAGUUUUGGAAAACCUGGGAACGUUAGCAGCAUUCUGCAACCCUAAUCUGACUUCACAGUUCAUCUGAAACCUGGGAACGUUAGCAGCAUUCUGCAACCCUAAUCUGACUUCACAGUUCAUCUGAAACCUGGGAACGUUAGCAGCAUUCUGCAACCCUAAUCUGACUUCACAGUUCAUCUGAAACCUGGGAACGUUAGCAGCAUUCUGCAACCCUAAUCUGACUUCACAGUUCAUCUGAAACCUGGGAACGUUAGCAGCAUUCUGCAACCCUAAUCUGACUUCACAGUUCAUCUGAAACCUGGGAACGUUAGCAGCAUUCUGCAACCCUAAUCUGACUUCACAGUUCAUCUGAAACCUGGGAACGUUAGCAGCAUUCUGCAACCCUAAUCUGACUUCACAGUUCAUCUGACCCAUAUAAUGUGAAAUAUUGACUUGGAGAAAAGUGUUUUAUAAUAAUAACACUGAAUUGAUGUGCCACAUCAAUGCUCAGAACAGUGUGUUAUUCUCUGAAGUAUUUUUGGUUCGUUGGUGUUUGAUUUGGUGUGACUGUGGUUUGGUUUUCAUUAUGCUAUACACCUGAAAGCCUGCCAAGCCAUGCAGAACAUUUUUGGUUUAAUAUCCAAUAAUGUGUACAACCGUCUUGGCAGGAAGGGUUUAAUGGUUUGGUUUGAUAUCCUGCGAUGUGUACAACAGUCUUGGCAGGAAGGGUUUAAUGGUUUGGUUUGAUAUCCUGUGAUGUAUACAAAAGUCUUGGCAGGAAGGGUUUAAUGCUUUGGUUUGAUAUCCUGUGAUGUGUACAACAGUCUUGUGUUUUACUGCCUGAAUUCAAAAUAGAUUCAAUAUGAAUUGUUUUUUUCCCACCCUUUUACAUACAAUACCCCACAAUUUUAGCAAAUGUAUUAAAUAAAAUCGAUGCAAUUUAACAUCAGUAUUCACACCCCUAAAUCAAUACGUGUCAGAAAUCCCGUUUCUGAAUAAGUCUGUAAGAGAUUUGCACACCUGGAUCGUACAAUAUGUGCACAGAUCUGUCAAUUGGUUGUUGAUAAUUGCUAGACAGCCACUUGGAACGUCUUGCCGUAGAUUUUCAAGACGAUUUUUUUAAGUCAAAACUGUAACUAGGUUACUCAGGAACCUUCAAUGUCAUCUUGGGUAAGCAACUCCAGUAUACAUUUGGCCUUGUGUUUUCAGUUAUUCUCCUGCUGAAAUGGUCAAUUUGUCUCCCAGUGUCUGUUGGAAAGCAGACUGAACCAGGUUUUCUCUAGUCCUUCCUGAUGACAAGCAUACCCAUAACAUGAUGCAACCGCCACUAUGCACAACACAUAUUGAUUACAUGAAGAUUUGUACUUACUUAGUGAUGUCUUGAAUUUGCCCCAAACAUAACACUUUUUUAUUCAGGGUAUAAAGUUAAUUUCUUUGCCACAUUUUUUUGCAGUUUUACUUUUAGUGCCUUAUUGCAAACAUUAUCCAUGUUUUGGAAUCGUUUUUAUUCCGUACAGGCUUACUUCUCUGUCAUUUAGGUUAGUAUUGUGGAGUAACUACAAUGUUGUUGAUCCAUCCUCAGUUUUCUCCCGUCACAGCCAUUAAACUCUGUCAUUUAGGUUAGUAUUGUGGAGUAACUACAAUGUUGUUGAUCCAUCCUCAGUUUUCUCCCGUCACAGCCAUUAAACUCGGAAACUGUUUUCAAGUCCCCAUUGGCCUCAUAGUGAAGAAUCUCUAUUUAAUCCGUUUUCAAUUCAGGCUGUAAGACAAAAUGUGGAUAAAGUCCAACGGCUGUGAAUACUUUCUGAAUGCGAUUGUAUUUAGUUGUUAGCUUGCCUGGUUUAUUUUGAUAUGAUGGAAAUUAAGGAAAGUACAAACAUUUUAAUUAAACACUUGAUGUGUCAACAUAAUGCAAAAUAAAAUAAUACGUUUUUAACCCUG